GUGAUAUAACUAAAAGCCAAGUAAAGCAUUUUGCUUUAACUUGGUGGAUUUACUCAGCCAUUCCUUAAAGCAGUUUCAGAACAAAAAAACCUGUAGACUUUAUUCUUAUAAACACACUACAUGUUCAAUGCAGAAUAUUGUCCAAAUGAAAUAUUAAAAAUUAACAUUUGUGAAUAAUUUGUCAUCCUGUUAAUAGUUCUGCUGUACUUCUUUCUGAUCCAAUUUUCCUCCCUAUUCUUUCUACAUAAUUGAGACCACACUUUACAUAUAAUUUUGUUUCCUGUGUUUUUGCACUUAACAAAUGAACAAUAUGAAUGUUCCCCAUGUUAUUUAUAACUGUACACUUAUCAAUUUUCUUGGUUCCCUAAAGUUCCAUUGUGUAGAUAUGCAAGGAUUGUGUUUACUGUUCUCAUAACUGUUGGGCUUAGGAUGUUCUGAUUUUUUAAACUCUUUUUAAAAUCACAAUGCAGGGUGAUUUCAUAUUAUUUCUUGAAGAUACAUAAAAUAGCAUUGUUAGGUGAAAGUAUGAUUUUUAAAAGUUUCAUAUUGUCAAAUUAAUUUUUGCAAUUAAGGUUAUAUUCAGCAAUGAAUAUCAUUAGAAACAUUACUGUCCAGGUGCAAUGAAGGUCAGUAUUUUUCUAUGAAUGUGUUAAGCCAGUUGGUUAUCCAUGUGGAGAAAAUUAAAUUCCUACCUCAUACAUAAAUCAAUAUUGUAUUAACUAGGGGAAAACAAAGCUUUACUACUUUUUUUUUUUUUUUUUAGUAGUAAAUACACAAGAAUGUGUAUUUCAGUGUAAGAGAAUUUUCUUCAGGCAGUAAAAGGGGCAAAUAAUAAAAGGAAGACUGAUAAAUUUGACUGAAAUGAAAAGGAGAAACUUGAGUUUCUCAGGUACUACCCCCCCAUACACACACAUGCAUAAUGAGGCAUAAGUACUAUGCAGCUAUAAAAAAAACAAGAUGAUCCAUGUGACCUGAUGAAGGUCUGAAAUGCACCAGCCCUAUCAUUCAUUUCUUUAUAUAUGUCGGCAGCAUAUCAGGUUUCCAUUUGCUCUACAUCCUUAACUUCACGUGAUAUGCUGUUUUCAUUUUAGAGAGAGUGUAAAGAAUGGAAUCUCCUUACAGUUUUAAUUUAUAUUUCUCUAAUGACAAAUAGUUUAAAGACCUUUUCAUGUGCUUUUUAAACCAUUUGUAAGUCUUUGGUGAAAGCUCUACUCAGGUAUUUCACUCUGCGUGCAUUUGUGUUUCUGAGAACUGAACCCAGGGCCUCUGGCACAUUAGCCUAUGCUCUGCCACUGAACUAGACCUCACCUUUUGCUCAUUUGUAAAAUUGGGUUAUUUGCCUUAGUCAAGAGAGUUCUUUAUAUAAAGAACUUGGUCCAAGUCCUUUGUCAGUUAUAGUUUGCAAAUAUUUUCUCCAAAUCUGUAGUUUGUCAUUCUUUUAAUUGUUUGUUUUGAAGCAUGAGCAUUUUUAAUUUUUUAAAAAUUAAUUGAAGUCUCAUAAUUUUUAAUGUAAUAUUGUGCCUUAUGAUAUUACCUUUGAGAACCCUCUGCCCAAACCAACAUCACAAAAGUUUUCUCUUUGAAAUUUUAUAGUUUUAGCUCUAACAUCUAGUUCUGUGAUGCAUUUUUAAUUAAUUCGUAUUACAUAUGGUGUGAGGUAAGGAUUUUUGUUUGCUAGCAAUUCUGUUGUUGGAACAAGAUUUAUAGACACAUAGUUGUGUUAAGCUUCUCUACAUAAAAAAUUAUGUCAGCUGUGAAUGAAGGUAGUUUUAUGCUUUUUACUUUCCAGUUUGGAUGCAUUUUGUUACUGUUUUUUCUGGCUUAACCCCUCAGUCCAGUGUCCACUGGAGGCGGUGAGCACAGGCUUCCUUCCUUUGUUCUCACUCUUGGAGCAGGGCAUUCAGUCCUUUGAUUGUUAAGUAUGGGGUUUGCUGAGGAUUUUCAUGAAUGCUGCAAAAAGCAUGAUGGUGGCCUAUGCCUACACACUGUACUGUAGUUGCUGACUCCUGGAGUAAUGGGUCCAGCACAUCACAUUUACUGUAAUUAUUGAUGUUUUAGAUUUAUACCUAUUGUUUUGCUUUUGGAUUUUUAAAAAUUUAUUUCUUAUUUCUAUUUGUUCCUGUGUUGCAUUCUUUUGUGUUCAGUGCACAUAUUUUAGCACCAGUUUAAUUCAUCUUGUGGCUUUUUUUUAAAACAAUAUUUUUGGAGUAGUUUUCUUUGCGAUUCUUCCAUAGAUCACUGUAUGUAUUGUUAGUUGUCACAGUUUACUUCAAAAUAAUAUUGGUUCUGGUAAGAUGUCGACAUUUGGCUUUAACUUCCUCUGUUGCUUCCUGAAUUCCUUCAUGCCAUUUCACAAUAUUACAUCUGUGUGUAACGUGUUAUGACUUCAGUAGUGUUAUAGUUAUUGAUUUACACCAUCUCAUGUCCCUUAAAGAAGAAGAGAUGCAGUAUUUUGCAUUAAUGUAUGUGUUUAUCAUUUCCAGUUAUCACCAAAGGUUACUGUCUUUGAAUUUGAAGCACUUCCAUAUAUACAUAUAUAUAUAUAUUUUUUAAUUAUUUUUAUUUUAUAUGACGGGCCUGCUAGCAACAUAUUUACUCAGCCUCAGAGGAAUGUGUUUAUUUCAUGUUUAAUUUUUCCUGGUAACCCUUGCAUUGUUUUGAACAUAAAAUGCUUGGUUAACAGUUUUUUUAAAAAUUUUUUCAGCACUAUUAAUGUGUCCUUCCUCUGCCUCCGUGGUUCCUGCUCCCUUUGUAGGGGUGCUUCCCUCUGCCUUACUCAGGGUCACUAGUUUCUGUGCAUUAAGUGUCUUAGUUUGGGGUAUGCUGCUUAUGUCUUCUGUGCUGAAAGGGUUGCUUUUGGUGGUUUAAUCCAGCUUUAUACUUAGCUUUGGGGGAGAGGAUUUAUGGACCUCCUAACUCCAUCAUGCCAGAGGUGAAUCUCCCUAGGCAGAUGCUGUUCUCAUCUGCAUUUCCAGAUGAGGAAACCAGCCAUGAGUAUCCAGGUCAUUAGAAAGUGACAGCUGCAGUGUGAGCUCAGGAGAGUGGCCCCAGUGCCAUCAAUCCCUAGGCUGCUAUUCACUGUGCUUCGUGUCAUAGUAGCACACAUCAUGUUCCAGCUUUUCAGCUGGCAGUGUAAAGAAUGGAAUCUCCUUACAGUUUUAAUUUAUAUUUCCCUAAUGACAAAUAGUUUAAAGACCUUUUCGUAUGCUUCCUUCACAGUAUGAGUGGCUUCCUUGUGACUUUGAGCAAAGUAUUAAACUAUCAAAAGUUUGGUUUGUUUUUCUGUAAAAUGGAGAUGAAAUAGUCUCUGCUAAAUGGAGUUCUUAUGAGCAGCAAAGAAGGUAAAUGUACAUUUUUACUACAUUCUGACCUCCGGGGGUGAGAGUUACAAUUUUACAGUAGAAACACAUUUCUGAGUCCACCCCUAUUUUCGACCAUUGUUUGCAGCUUGAGUCUUCAGACUUUUCCAGGAAGUGUAGUGUUUUGUAAUUGUCAAGACAAAGUUGUGAGCUGGAAUGAUAAAAUGAGGGAGACAAAGGAUGCAAAGAAUUGGGCAAAAUUAAGGAAAUCUGUGGAAAUCAUAGUGAAUGAUGAAAACCACUGCUGUACAACGUGAACUGAACUUAAGGGCGCCAUGGUUUGGGUAUCAGGGAAGUGGCUGGAUGAGGUUUUUGUUGCUGGUGGCACAGAGAGCAGAGCCACUGGAAGAGCCCCAAGUUGUGGUUGACGAGGGAAGCAGAAGACUGGACGAGUGUGGGACAUGGAGGCAAGGCAUGAGGGAAGUUUCUGUGUCGUGAAGUUAAGCACUGGAAAGACUGGAGAGCUGAUUACCUCUGGCUCUGAGGAACUCAGGUUCUGCCUUUCCUGAUACCAGGUGAUGGACACACAGAUGCGUUCCUGUAUCUAGACUGCUGUAUUUUCUUUAGUAGGUAUGGAAGUGGGUAGUUGUUUUGUAGUAAUGUUAAACUUGCUCAGUUGUUACAGAAAGAAUUAAUGAGAACAGGAACUUCAACUGGGCUUGCUGAUCCCUUUUUGAAUUCUUUAGAGCUGUAUUCACUCUGUGAAUUAAAUGCUCUGACACUGAAUGUGCACGUUUAGGUGUACAAAUGUGCACACAAGUAGGAUCAUCUCUGUGUUGUUUCAUAGCUUGCUUUCUUGAGUCAAGUAUAUUGGGACUUCUAUGUGUUUGACAUUGUGGUCAUCAUAAUUCAGAAAAGUAGGCCACUAAUUUUUAAUGUGGAUUGUUAUUUCCUUCAAUUUAGGUUAAUUUCAUAUUUCUUAUAAAAUAAAUUAUGCAGUCAAAAGUGUGUGUAUUGAUUUAGUGGGCUCUAGAAUCCGUUGAUCAGUUGUAGUUUUAAGCAAGUGGCUUCAUCUGCCUGUGCCUCUGCUUUCCUGUUUGUACACUGAGAAUCUUAGUACCACUGCUAGCUGCAAAUACUUCUAACACAUGCAUUAUUUUAAGGACACCACAUGCAGUAGCACAUUUAACUCCAUCUCUAACCCAAGAGAUAGUACCUAUCAUUCCUAAGAUUAUCCAGCUCCUAAAUGAAGCUGGGACUUUAAUAAAUACAGACAGGCGGUUCCACAGUGUCAUAACUGGCUCCUGCAUAGUGCUGAGUUUAUAAGGUGUUGUAGAUCAUGAAGCUCAGUAAGACAUAAUAUCUUCAGAAAGCUGAAAUCAAGGCCUGGCGCAUAUCAGGCCAGUAUGUAGUAUGUAUUUACCCUUAUUAGGCAAAUUAUCAAGUAAUACAACUUUAAAAAAUAAUGCUAGAGAGAACAUUGUUGACCAUAUGUCAAACUUAAUAGUAGCAAACUUAAGUAAUAGUAGUGAACUUAAAUAAUGGUCAUAUGUUCUUUAUUGACAAGCAAUUUGGUAAAACAAAACAGAAUUAUGAAAGAAAAUUUCUGUCAUGCUUGAUUGUGCCAUUGGUGAAGCUAAAAAUAUUAAUUUCAUUAAGUCUUUGCCUUGAGUACACAUCUUUUUACAAUCCUUACCUUGAAAUGGGUGUAUUUAGAAAGCGCAGCUGCACACUAAACAAGAAGGAAGGCCAGUUCAGGGGGAAGUGCUUGCUGCCACAGUUUGAGUUACUGACUGCAUCUACUACCUUUUUCAUGAAAAAAAAUUACUUUUUCUUAAAAGAACAAUUGAAAGACACACUAUUCAACUUGUUUUAGUAGACACUUUGUAAAUGAUCAAGGUGAGCCUUGUGACUUCCCUGAGAAUAGCCAAUGGUAUUGUUGCCAGUAGCACAGUUCAGACUUCUAAGCACAAGUCACAGCUCUGAGCUCGCCGUUGCCGUCACUGUGGCCCACUACCAAAGAGUGUUCUAAGGAGAUCAGUGACAUUCACAAACAUGACUUUGUGAUGAAAUAACUAAUAGAUGAUGUUACAAAAUCACCCACGUGAAAAAGGUUGAUUUAAGAUGCACGAUAGACUGUAAUAGAGAAAAUGAUUUUUGAUAUGGUUGCAGAUUUCGCAGUGUGAUUAACCUUUUUUUUUUUUUUUUUUGUGGUGCUGGCGAUUGAACCCAGGGCCUUGAACAUGGAAGGCAAGCACUCUACCAACUGAGCUAUAUCUCCAGCCCUGAUUAACUUUUAAGAAAUUGUCACUUGUUGAGGUUUGGUAUAAUAUCAAAGAACAAUAUCCACAAUGAUAUGAAAACGUUAUAAAUAAGAUACAGUCCUCCUUUUUCAAGUAUAGCUCUAAACUAGGCUGGAUUUCUUCUUACACUCCAACUAAAACAACAUGUUGUGAGAUAUUCAGUGCCGAAGCGGAGUAAGUCCAGCUGUCUCCUCUGAGUGGCAGAAGAGACUGAACAUGUAAAGCAGUGCCAUUUCUGUCGCUGCCUUCUGUAGUGGGGCAGUGUAGUUCUUUUCCCUGAAAUGCUGUCUGUUAACACUUAAUAAGUAUAUUGUUUGAAGAUGAAUUAUUAAUUAAAUAUUUUAAACUCUUCUAUUUUUAAUUUCUUGUAGGAUAAAUUUCAGUAGCUAUAAUCCACAUAAACAAAGCUUUUCGUGUUCUUAAUAAGUUUUAGGAGAGUAAAGGUAUCCCGGGCCUGAAAGUUUUAAGAGCCACUGAUUUAAGGGGUAGGAAGACAAACGAGGCAGUUAGUUCACAGCCAGGUUCCAAUUCUGGAUCUGCUGUUUUCUAGUAGCAAAUCAUUUCAUUUCAUUGGGCGAAUUUUAAUUUAAGAUAAAUUUUAAAUUUAUUUGUAAAAUGAGGAUGAUAAGACCAUUUUGCUGGAAGUAAGUAAUUUGAUUUGUCUUGAUGUUUUGGCAUUAGAUGUUACAGCUGCCUGAAAUCAUUCCUUAAAAAAGAGUUCGUGAUAUAUAAAGUUUACUCUAAGAAUCUAAAACCUUUUUCCUUGAACCAUUGUACAUAUUUUCAAACCAUGUGUAAACUUAAAAUUUUACAAUUAGAAAAGCAGUAGAACUAAUUCAGAACAUUUACUUAAGCUUAAGACAGAUGGUAAUCCUAUAAAAAGAUGGCAUAUAUUUUUGGAAGUGCAAACAGAAAAAUAGAUACUCUUAAAAAUUCUAGAGUAAUCUUUGCCUGGAAAAUGUGUGAGAAAUAAAAGACCAUAUGGUCUAAUAGAAAUUUAUAUAGUUUCUAAUCUCUAGGAUUGAAUUUUAUUUCUUUAUUACUAUUGAGGUACAUAUGGAUUGGUAGUUGAAAAGGAAUAAUUUUCAAGUAGAUAACUACCAACUGCUUCUCCUGUGGCUGCCAGUCUUGGUAUGGAUGUGAUAGUGGGAAGCAGAACUGUUUGAACCCCACAUUUAGCGGGGUUAACUCAAAUCUGAGUACUUACCACCUUGGAAUAGCUACUGAUUGUGCUGUAAGGGCAGUUACACUUACCUAGUGAUUGAGUAGAAGGUGGUAUGUGGUGAGUUCACCUGAGGACAGCUUAAUGUAGAUGUAGCACAGUAUUUGUCAGUAUUUUAUUUUUUUCUGUCUUAUUAAAAAAUACAGUAUAUGACAGUAAGAUGGUUUUAAAGUUGCUUUAUUUAACGGAGAGGGUAUUGCUGAUCCCCCAUAGGUUGUUUGAUCUGAAUGGUUCUUACUAAGUAUGUGUUCAUACAGAUUCUAGCUAUAUACCAAUCCAAUGCUAUCUAUAACUGAAAGCAAAUAUUUGUCAGAUCUCUCUCCUCUCUCACCUGCAUCCUUAAGUUACCACUCUUUCUAAUGGGUUCAUGUUAUAAUUUAUCCCUUCAUCUGUUUUUGCCUCUUGGAUUAGGCGAUCAUAAAUAAUUUAUUAGUCUUCAGGUAACCAUACAGUACUGUGUGUGAAACAGGGGCUUAGUAAAUGCAGAGUGAGUUAAGGAUUGUGAUCAAAGUUCAAGCUGUUGUCAUUUGCCAGGAUGCUGAGUGGGCUCAGGCACGAGGUGAAAGGGCUCAACCUAUGGCAUUUUGCCUCUCUAUGCUAGGAACUAGGAACGUGACAGUGCAUGAGCCUUCCCUGCAAGAACUAGUGAAAAUAAAUGGAUAAUUUUCCAAAGAUUAUGGAUUCUUUUUAUUUAUAUAUUUUUAAAGAUGUUUAAAUAUUUAGAAUGUGUGUAAGUUGUUGGAGGAUGAGUUUGGCUGGUAUUCUCUAAGUUCUAUGUAGUGCCUCAUGGAUUGGCAAAUAGGUAGAGGAAGGGAAGUAGUCAGAUUUAGUGUUGAAGGUACACAUGAGCACUGUUUCACACAUAAGCAACUCAGUGAGACCCUGUCUCUAAGUAAACAAUUCAACAACAACAAAAUGGGCUGGGAAUGUGCCCCAGUGGUUAAGCGCCCUUGGGUUCAAUCCCCAGUGCCAAAAGAAAAAAAAAGGGAUAAAACAGAAAAGCAAGGUGCAUAAAAAGGAUAAAAUAGGUGAGGUCUUGUUCUUAUGUCUGUCGUUGAGGGGGUACAGGUGAACCCAGGGCCUCAUGCAUGGUGGGCAAGUCCUCUACCACUGAGCUAUAUUCCUGGCCCUUUUUAUUUUAUUUUGAGACUGGGUCUUACUAAAUUGCCCAGGUUGGCCCAGUCCUCCUGCUCAGCCUCCCCAGUAACUGAGGUGAUAGACAUAUACCACUGUGCCCGGCUUGUUCUUAAAUAUUAUCCAGUAUUUGCCACAUGCCCACUGCGUAGCAGACAGUGAUCUACCAUGCAGGGUGUAAUAGGAAAAAACUGAAAGAGCUGACAUCUCAAAAGACUGGUUGUUCUUCUUCAGAAACUAAAAGAUUAAAACUGAGUAAAAGAAAACUUUGGUGGAAAGUUCUACUUGAAAAAUCAAAAUCACUUGUGGGUAUUUUAAUGUGUUUUGUCUUUUUUGAUUUCUUUUUUUUUUUAGAAAAUGGCUCCAGUGGUCAAAUGAGGCUGGAAAAAUAUAUAGAUGCAGCACUGCGGCCUUUCCAGAUGUUUGAGUGUGAUACUCCAGUGAGAAAUUGAUCCCUUGGAUUAGGUAACUAGUCAUAAUGAAGAAAAUUAGUCUUAAAACCUUCCGGAAGUCUUUUAAUUUGAAUAAAAGUAAAGAAGACACUGAUUUCAUGGUAGUACAACAGCCAUCCCUAGCCAGUGACUUUGGAAAAGAUGAUUCCUUGUUUGGUAGCUGCUACGGUAAAGAUAUGGCCAGCUGUGAUAUCAAUAGCGAAGAUGAGAAAGGUGGGAAAAGCAGAUCCAAGAGCGAGAGCCUGAUGGGGACCCUGAAAAGGCGACUUUCUGUGAAGCAGAAGCCCAAGGGCAAGGGCAGCACGCCCUCGGGGGGCUUGGCUGAGGAGGACACCUUCUCCUCCUCCUCGGCUCCUGUGGUCUUCAAGGACGUCAGAGCUCAGAGGCCCAUCAGGUCCACUUCCCUCCGCAGUCACCACUACAGCCCCACGCCCUGGCCUCUCCGACCCACGAACUCUGAGGAGACCUGUAUCAAAAUGGAGGUGAGGGUCAAAGCUUUGGUCCACUCUUCUAGUCCAAGUCCUGCGCUGAACGGGGUUCGAAAGGAUUUCCAUGACCUUCAGGCUGAAACUGUGUGCCAGGAGCAGAAUGGUUCCCUCAAGCGUUCAGAUUCUCCCCACGGAGACUUGCAUCUCCACCUGGAGGAACACGUGCCUGUAGUUAUUGGACUUGUGCCUCAGGACUACAUUCAGUACACCGUGCCUUUAGACGAGGGGAUGUGUCCUUUGGAAGGAUCGCGCAGCUAUUGUCUGGACACUUCUUCGCCCAUGGAGGUCUCUGCGGUUCCUCCUCAAGUGGGAGGGAGCUCUUUUGCCGAAGAUGAGAAUCAGGUAGACCAGGACCUAGUUGUUGCCCCAGAGAUCUUUGUAGACCAGUCAGUGAAUGGCUUGUUGAUUGGCACCACAGGAGUCAUGUUGCAGAGCCCCAGAGCAAGUCAUGAUGAGGUCCCUCCACUCUCGCCAUUGCUACCUCCAAUGCAGACUAAUCAGAUCCAAAGGAACUUCAGUGGGCUCACGGGCACAGAUGCCCAUGUGGCUGAAAGUAUGCGCUGUCAUUUGAAUUUUGAUCCUAACUCUGCCCCUGGGGUGGCAAGGGUUUAUGACUCUGUGCAAAGUAGUGGUCCCAUGGUUGUGACAAGCCUUACGGAAGAGCUGAAGAAACUUGCAAAACAAGGAUGGUACUGGGGACCAAUCACACGCUGGGAGGCAGAAGGGAAGCUAGCCAACGUGCCCGAUGGUUCUUUUCUUGUUCGGGAUAGUUCUGACGACCGUUACCUUCUAAGCUUGAGCUUUCGUUCCCAUGGUAAAACACUUCACACUAGAAUUGAGCACUCGAAUGGUAGGUUUAGCUUUUAUGAACAACCAGAUGUGGAAGGACAUACAUCCAUAGUUGAUCUAAUCGAGCAUUCAAUCAGGGACUCUGAAAAUGGAGCUUUUUGUUAUUCAAGGUCUCGGUUGCCUGGAUCUGCAACCUACCCCGUCAGACUGACCAAUCCAGUGUCACGGUUCAUGCAGGUGCGUUCUCUGCAGUACCUGUGUCGUUUCGUUAUACGUCAGUAUACCAGGAUAGACCUGAUUCAGAAACUGCCUUUGCCAAACAAAAUGAAGGAUUAUUUACAGGAGAAGCACUACUGAAAGAUUGAGAACCCUGCAUCUUGCACUUUGGGAAUAAGAAAAAGAGAUUGAGAUACAGUUUACAACUUUCAUUGCCAUCAGAAUCUUUUGCUGCCAUAACUAUUUUAAUUUUAUGUGUAAGAGUCAACAGUUUGUUAAGGGGUGGGGAAGUGUCUGCAAGGUGUCUUGGGUUUAUUUUGGUUCUUUAAAAAGGGAUGUCUUGAGAUUCUAGAAGUGUGAAUUAUCUUUCAUUAGUGUGCCGAAUAAUCGCAAUGUGAAUUAUCAGAUUCUCCUUGAUGCCCCCCCCCGUCCUUUGCUGCUAUCCACUGUGAUUUUUAUGCAUUAAAAGCACAUUUCAUGUGUCUUCAACCCUAAGUAAAGUUGAAUGAAACUUACAGAAUGAAAAUUACUUUGUCUUUUUAAAUGACCCAUUUUCAAAAGUUACUGUUGAAUGAACGUGUGAUAAAACUAUUUACAUAUACACUGAAAAUGACUUUUUAAUGUCAUACUUCAAAAAGAUUUAUUUAGGAUUAUUAAUUGACAUCAUCUUAGUUAAUGGGAUGCAAAUUUGCCACAUAUCUUUACAACUUCUAAAUUAUUUUUAAGGUUGUGCUAAUAUUUUGGUUGUGAAAACUUUGUGUUUUUCUGUUGCCUUCAUUUUCAUCUUGUGGUUUGUCCAUUUUAAUAAAUGGCCUUACAUUUAAGAGUCAUAAAGAGAUAUAUACCACAAAUUUAGCAAUCGUGGCCUUUUCUGUCAUUAAACCCGGGUACAAAUUGGCAUAGUGUAAAGACCUGUAGACUGGAAUAGUGACUACAGAAGUGAGAUCAGUUCCCGUGAGAGCGCUGUGUUCAUGUUGCCUGCACUGUUCCUUUGGUUAAAUGUUUAAUCUGUGAUUUCUUUAGUUUAGUCAACACAUUCUUGGGUGAACUUGAUUGUACAACUAAUUUUCAUAAAUGGACUGGAUUCUCUUAACAAUGUUAAAGUUUAUUAAAAAAAGUUUGAAAUUGAUUUGAAUAGAAAGAAAAGAUUGCUUUAAAGUUGGAUUUAUAUUUUUCUUUUAUGUAGUCACAAUAAAAUGUGCUAGAUUUGACUUCUCUUUUCUCCUGCCUCUAAUAAAAUCAACCCUUAGUGACUUGAGUUGAAAAAUUUUGGAAAUUGUGGAGCAUCACAUGAGAAAAAGAUGAAAACAGAACUAUAGAUACACAGAAGCCUGCCUCCUGCAGGAUCCACUGCAGUUUCAGAACAGGCUUUUCAUUUAUUUGUUAUUUUCAUUGAACCAAGUCUAGAGUAAUUUGGCCUCUCGUUUUUUCUCUUUUUGAGUAAGUCAAUGGGAAGGGAUAUUAUGCCUGAGAAUUUUUAGUUAUUUUGGAAUGUGGAGUGUUUGUUCACUUUAUAAUUCUGCAACAUAGUCUAAUUUUCAGAUUGUUCCAUUCAGAAAACAUUCCCAGCUAAACAAGCCUUAAAGCAAAAUGCUGGACAUUUCUUCCUGUGUCACUUUAAUUUUUCCCGUCUUCCCUUCUUUAAAACACAAGGGUAAAGGUCUUUGGUCUAUGGCUGGCAUUGUCAUCAAACAUCUCUGUAUCCUCACUUUUUUCUUAGUUUUUGCUUUUUUGUGGGGGGUGGGGGUGGAGGUGCUGGGGUUCAUGCUAGGCACAUGUUUUAUCACUGAGCUACAUCCCCAGCCUGUUUUUUUUUUUUUUUUAAGAGACAGAACUGAGAUAUUACCAAGGAAAGGCACAAUGCCAUAUCACAGUGUUUGGUAUUUUGACUUAAAUGGGGAAAGGUACUUCAUUUUGGUGGGGCAUUGAUUGUACCUUGUUACAAAGACUCCUUUCAUUUUUUGAUGUUUUCACCUAAUAAGAUGGAAUAUGGCGUAUUCUAUAAUAAUAUAAUUUAAGUGUUCACUAUAAGCUAUUUGGAUUAAGAACUAUUACAGAGUUGUAACCAUGUGAUCAAAUUGAUGCAAGACAUUUAACUAUUUUUGCAAAACUAUUUAUUUUUAAACAAUUUAAAAUAUAUCUAGAAGUCCUUGUGCAUCCAUGUUAGAUGGCAGGUAUUGUCACAGUCACUUGUGCUGAUGGUAAGUGUUGAGAUGGCUUCUUUGUGUCUGUCUGUCCUCGGUGAGCUGGCGGUACAGAGGCCUUGGGACCACACCUACCAAUCUCUGUGGAUGUAGCCUGUCCCUGCAUUUUCUCAUAAUGCCAUGUGCUUAAAAUAUGCCUAUGUAGUGUCAAGAUUAUUUUGACCUUUAUCCAAAUGUUUUUUAAAUUGUAUUUUGUGGUUUUUUGGAGGGCAAGUCAAUACUGUUCUAAUUUGGAAAAACAAUUUUUUAUGUACUUUGGUGUAUUCAUAAUGCAAAAUACCUUAAAGUAAUAUGCCCUAUUAUAAUUCAACUUGAAAUUGUUAUGUUCUUAUAGUAUAUAGAUAAAAAUCAAAGGAUUUGCCAAGAAAUUAAAUUUGCAAACAGAAAUGUGUAUUGCAGAAUUUGCUGCUUAUGUGUAGAGAGGUACCUCUUUUGACCUAGGCAGUUUGACAUAAUGUGGAAGAUUGGCUUUUCUGAUACUGAAAUGGUCUGGUAAAAGUGGAAAGGGGAGAAAGAGAGAAAUCUUUAUCCUAUAGCUUGGUCUAGAUUCUAUUUGUUGAAGUUUGUGGAUUCUGUUGAAAGGGAACUUAAGUGACAUGGACCCAACUUGUAAGUGAUUCUCAAGUAUGUACUUUAAAAGAAAUCAGACCUCCUGGAAAACAGGAAGCUGUGUCCAUUUGUGACAGUAAAUGGAUCAGAGGUAAUUUUUUUUUUAAUCAAAUAUUUCAUCAUAGAGCUUGGUGGAGGCUGGAAGCUAUUUUGAGGCUUACUAUGACAAUGCAUUUUAUAAAUGAAAAGAAAGCUGUGGAACGUACUUGAAAAAUGUCUCCUUUCUCUGUCUAAGGAAAACUGUUUUCUUUCUGCUUGGUGCAAUAUGAAAAUUUAAAAAGUCACACAUUAUAUCACAGGAAAUGACCUAGAACUAAAAAUAGUUUUAAGGAAACCAGCUACCUAGGGCAGCCCUCUUGCCAUUGAAGAAAAUCACGUGCCAAAAGGCAAAAUCAUUGGCAUAUAGGAAAUGAAACACAAAGUAUAUGUUAUAUUUUCUGAGCCAGUAUUAUUGAAACAGGAUAAAAGUUACUAAAAUCUUAAAUAGGUUUAUGCAAUGUUUCCUAGUGCCACAGGUCUAUCUUUCUAACAAUGCUUUCAGGAAUGCCAAUUUUAAUUAUUGUACGUGUCACAUAGUAUAUGAGAGAUAUUGCUUUAUGAAUGAUUCAAAAUAAUAUAUUUUGAUUUAAAACUUAAUUGCUUUUCAUUGAAUGUGAAAUAUUAAUUUGAAAGUGAAAUCACACUACCAGCAAUAGAUACUUUUGUUGAAUACUCUAAUAAGGAACAAUAGCCAGUUCCAUAAAUUUAAAUUCUAAAGGUGUUGGUACGCUAGUAAUCACAGAUUUGGUUUCUUUUAAUACUUUUUUAAUCCUGUAAAAAAAGGUCUUUUAUAAACAUCCUUUUUAUUGAUCAAUCAUAACAUGGCAAAAUGUGUAGUCACUGUUCCUGAAAAGUUAUCCAAAUGCUACAUCCAGAGAUGAGGAGAAAUUCUUAUAGAAUUUUGUAAUAGUAUAUAUGUUGGGUUAAAGAAAUUUCAUAGUUGUUGGAGUGCCAUGAAAUUAAUACUUGCAAUCCAGAUUGCUGUAGUUUACACUUUUUCUGUAUGUUUCAAAUCAGGUGUGUACCAUUUGUACUGAGAACACCACAGAACGAACUAUCCAAAGUCCAUAGAUUUUAAUAUGUGUUUUGGUUUGUAAACAAAUUAUAGUAAUUUCUUGCACAUUUUUGGAAAUUAAUUGUAUAAGAGUUUAUGUAUCUGCUCCUAGAUACAGUGUGUAAAUAAAAAUUUCGUUCACAAGAUCUCUCUGGUAGCCUAUUUAA